GGCGAAUCAGUGUGCGAGUCUCUCUGCCAUUUGCGCGUCGGUACGCGGUAGUGGUGAUACCAGAAUUCUACGUGUGCUUACCGGUGCGUAGAGAACGCAGCGUUUAUUAAGUGCGUUUUCUUAUCAGAGUGCAUUAUCGACCAUAUAAAUAAAUCGAUCAGCAUGGCGGAUACAGAAACUAAAGAUACCAAAGUCACAACAACCCCUGAGAAAAAGGUAGUCGAAGAAAAAAAGGAAGUAGUAGAGGAAGUGGACGAAGAUUCAAAGGCAUCUGAAAACGGAGACGCCAAAGACACCAAAGAAAAUGGUUCGAACGAAGAAAAGGAGGUAGAAAAUAAGGAAGCGGAAUCAACAGAGAAUGGAGAUUCUACAGAUGCUCCUGCUGAUAGUUGUUGUAUAAAAAGGAAAUCAACAACUCUAAGUGAUUCAACAGAAGACACUGCCACUGAUGGUGCAAGUCCUGAAAAAAAAUCAAAACUCGACGAUAAGUGUGCCGAAACAGAAAGCAACGGCGACGCGGAAGCUACGGCCUAAUAUUUUUUACGUUUCAUUUAAACCAUAGAUGCAAUUUUUACCAGUUAAAGUCGGAACAUGAAAAAUUUCUUAUCUGUGCAUCAUUACUUUAUGUAUUAACGACUUCCUGUGUUCAGAUACUUGUAUGUACGUUUGUGACUGAUUGGUGACAGUAUUGAAUAUAUCCACAGCAUCAUCAUACAUUAUCUUAUUCAUGUUUUUUGUUUUACACACUGACGUCCAUGUGUAUAUAUAUAUAUGAAUAUAUAUUUUCACAUAUAACGAAGAUGCAAUAAAUAUUACAAAUAAUAUAUUUCUGAUACGUGAAAAUAGAUGAUGGCGUGGUGCUUGAUAAAAAAAAAAAAAAAUGUAUUAGGUGUAGAAAUUAAUUUGGUGCCUUAUUAAAAUCGUAUUCUCGCACCACUUUUUAAUUCUACCGAAGCGCGGGAAAUUCAAAAUGCUAAAGGCACAAAAUUCAUUUGUAUACCUAAUAUAUGAGAAAUAUUUCAUUUUUUUCUGAUGCACAGAUAUGACAUACACCUCAUAUCGGAGAUAGAAACAAUAUUUUUCUGUAAAUCAAAAUACAUUCCUAAAAUACAUUGAAACUCACCCAGUGAUUAUUAAGAAAAAUUCUGACAACAAAGCACACUGUUUUACAAACGUAUAAUUUAACCUUCACGAGUUGUCAUGUGUUUGGGUGCGUUAACUUUGAAUUUAAAGUAUGUUUAAUAAAAAAUAUGUACUAUUCUUUAAUCAUCAAAAUUCACUUUGUACUUUUUAGCAAGAUACCUGACAAUAUAUAAGUGUAUGUACAAAAGCCAUUGAUGAGUAAAAACAUUCAAUGUUACAUAUCAAAAAUUUGAACUUCGUGAAAAGUUUAAAGCAACCUAAUGUAUACUGUAUAAAUGUAAUGUUAAACAUUGUUUAAAA